AUGGACCCCCUCGCCCGCGCCCUACAAGCCAUCGACGCCCUCCACAGCGCCGACCCCACCACCGACCCCACGACCGGCACCCCCAACGAACUACACUACGCCCAGCGCAUGACCGCCUGGCUGUACCGCCACACCCCCGACCCGUCCUCGGCCCUCCAACUCGCCAUCCGCGCCCAGCACCUCAAACGCUGGGAGGUGCCGCGCGCGACCUACCCGGCCGGCAAAGCGGGGUACUACGCGUGGCGGACGGGGCUGGCGCGCCGGCAAGCGGAGAUGGCGGUGCAGGUGUGCGUGGCGAGCGGGAUCGCCGAGGCCGAGGCGCAGCGCGUCGGGCAGCUGAUCCGCAAGGAAGGGCUGAAGGGGAGCACCGUGGAUGCCGAGGCGCAGGUGCUGGAGGAUGUGGCGUGCCUGGUGUUUCUGGAGGAGCAGUUGGAGGGGUUCCAGGGCGGGUAUGAGGAGGAGAAGGUCGUGGCGAUCUUGCGCAAGACGUGGGGGAAGAUGUCGGAGCGCGGGAGGGGGUUGGCGUUG